AUGGCUGACUACGACGACGGUUACGAGUACGACGACAUUGUCGACGGCGAGGGCGAGGGCGACGAGAGCAUCACGCCCGAAGACUGCUGGAAGGUCAUCUCGUCCUACUUUGAGAAGAAGAGCUUGGUCUCGCAGCAGAUCGAUUCCUUCAACGAGUUUACGACCACCACGGUCCAGUCGCUCAUCGACGAGCACUCCCUCUUGACGCUCGACCAGAGCAACCCGCCCAUCACCUCCGACCGCCCCGUCAAGCUGCGUCGCUAUGAAAUCAAGUUUGGCAGCGUCAUGGUGUCCAAGCCGCAGUUCGCCGAAGGCGACGGCCGCGUGUCCACGCUGACGCCCUACGAGUGCCGCGACCGCAACCUGACCUACUCGUGCCCCAUCUACGCGCGCAUCACCAAAAAGGUGUCGCUGGCCGUCGACGAGGAGAUCCCCUACGACGAGCUCGACGAAGAGCAGAUUCAGGAGAUGAACCAGACCGGCGAGCAGCCCACGCGCAUCGUCUGGGAGGAGGAGGCCGCCGAGGUGGCCGACGUGGAAAAGGACAAGACGGACGAGGACAUGAAGGACAUGGUGUUCAUGGGCCGCCUGCCCAUUAUGGUGCGCUCCAAGAUCUGCCACCUGGCCACCGAGGACGAGGAGGGCCUGUUUCUGCUCAACGAGUGCCCCUACGACCAGGGCGGCUACUUUAUCAUCAACGGCUCCGAAAAGGUCCUGAUCGCCCAGGAGCGCUCGGCCGCCAACAUCGUCCAGGUCUUCAAGAAGGCCCAGCCCAGCAAGUUCUCGUACACCGCCGAGAUCCGCAGCGCGCUCGAAAAGGGCUCGCGCCUGAUCUCGUCGCUGAGCAUCAUGCUGCUGACCAAGGGCGACACGCAGCGCGGCAGCUUCGGGCAGACCGUCCACAGCACCCUGCCGUACAUCAAGUCCGAGCUGCCCAUCGCCGUCGUCUUCCGCGCCCUCGGCGUCGUGUCCGACGAGGACAUUCUGAACCACAUCUGCUACGACCGCCACGACAGCCAGAUGCUGGAGAUGCUGCGGCCGUGCAUCGAGGAGGCCUUUUGCAUCCAGGACCGCGAGGUCGCGCUCGACUACAUUGGCAAGCGAGGCCAGAACUCGCACGCCGUCAGCCGCAAGGACCGCGUGCGCGCCGCGCGCGACAUUCUGCAAAAGGAGAUGCUGCCGCACAUUUCGCAGAGCGAGGGCUGCGAGACGCGCAAAGCCUUCUUCCUGGGCUACAUGGUCCACAAGCUGCUGCAGUGCGCCCUCGGCCGCCGCGACACGGACGACCGCGACCACUUUGGCAAGAAGCGCCUGGACCUGGCGGGCCCGCUGCUGGCCAAGCUGUUCCGGGGCAUCAUCCGCAAGAUGUACCAGGAGCUGAUGAACCACCUGAAGCGCUGCGUCGACACGGGCAAGCACUUUGACCUGCGCGUCGGCAUCCGCCACCAGACGCUGACCAACGGCCUCAAGUACUCGCUCGCCACGGGCAACUGGGGCGACCAGAAGAAGGCCAUGAGCUCGACGGCCGGCGUGUCGCAGGUGCUGAACCGCUACACGUUUGCCUCGACCCUGUCGCAUCUGCGGCGCACCAACACGCCCAUCGGCCGCGACGGCAAGCUGGCCAAGCCGCGCCAGCUGCACAACACGCACUGGGGUCUCGUGUGCCCGGCCGAGACGCCCGAGGGCCAGGCCUGCGGCCUCGUCAAGAACCUGUCGCUCAUGUGCUACGUCAGCGUGGGCACGCCCGCCGACCCCAUUGUGGAGUUUAUGAUUGCGCGCAACAUGGAGGUGCUCGAGGAGUACGAGCCGGUGCGCUACCCCAACGCGACCAAGGUCUUUGUCAACGGCAGCUGGGUCGGCGUGCACCAGGACCCCAAGCACCUGGUGAGUCUGGUGCAGGGCCUGCGCCGCAAGGGCGUGAUCCAGUCGGAGGUGUCGCUGGUGCGCGACAUUCGCGACCGCGAGUUCAAGAUCUUCUCGGACGCCGGCCGGGUCAUGCGGCCGCUGUUUGCGAUUGAGCAGGAGGAAAAGGCCGAGUCCGGCCGGGAAAAGGGCCAGCUCCUGCUGACCAAGGAGCACAUCCAGCGGCUGGAUGAGGACGACGCGCUGCCGCGCGACGACCCCAGGUUCUUUGGCUGGGACGGCAUCUGCGAGGCGGGCGCGAUUGAGUACCUGGACGCCGAGGAGGAGGAGACGGCGAUGAUCUGCAUGACGCCGGAGGACCUGGACAACUACCGGCUGCAGAAGGCGGGCUACGAGAUCCCCGAGGACGUCCCCGACGAGGACAUCAACAAGCGGGUCAAGACCAAGGUGAACCCGACGACGCACAUGUACACGCACUGCGAGAUCCACCCGAGCAUGCUGCUGGGCAUCUGCGCCAGCAUCAUCCCGUUCCCCGACCACAACCAGUCGCCGCGCAACACGUACCAGUCGGCCAUGGGCAAGCAGGCCAUGGGCUUCUUCCUGACCAACUACCCGCGGCGCAUGGACACCAUGGCCAACGUGCUGUACUACCCGCAGAAGCCGCUGGCGACGACGCGGUCGAUGGAGUACCUCAAGUUCCGCGAGCUGCCGGCGGGGCAGAACGCGAUUGUGGCGAUUCUGUGCUACUCGGGCUACAACCAGGAAGAUUCGGUGAUUAUGAACCAGAGCAGCAUCGACCGCGGCCUGUUCCGCAGCCUGUUCUUCCGCGCGUACACGGACUCGGAGAAGCGCGUGGGCAUCAACUUUGUCGAGACGUUUGAGAAGCCGUUCCGCAGCGACACGCUGCGCCUCAAGCACGGCACGUACGACAAGCUGGACGACGACGGCAUUGUGGCGCCCGGCGUGCGCGUGUCCGGCGAGGACAUUAUCAUUGGCAAGACGUCGCCCAUCAACCUGGACCACCAGGAGCUGGGCCAGCGCACGCAGUCGCACGUGAAGCGCGACGCGUCGACGCCGCUGCGUAGUACGGAGAACGGCAUUGUCGACCAGGUCGUGGUGACGACGAACCAGGACAACCUGCGGUACGUCAAGGUGCGGGUGCGCACGACCAAGAUCCCGCAGAUCGGCGACAAGUUUGCGUCGCGCCACGGCCAAAAGGGCACCAUUGGCCUCGCGUACCGCCACGAGGACAUGCCGUUCACGGCCGAGGGCAUCACGCCGGACAUUAUCAUCAACCCGCACGCCAUCCCGUCGCGCAUGACGAUUGCGCACUUGAUUGAGUGUCUGCUGAGCAAGGUGGCGACGCUCAAGGGCAUGGAGGGCGACGCGACGCCGUUUACCGACGUCACGGUCGACUCCGUGUCUGGGCUGCUGCGCGAGCACGGCUACCAGUCGCGCGGCUUCGAAAUCCUGUACCACGGCCACACGGGCCGCAAGCUGCGCGCCCAGGUCUUCUUCGGCCCGACCUACUACCAGCGCCUGCGCCACAUGGUCGACGACAAGAUCCACGCGCGCGCGCGCGGCCCCGUGCAGAUCAUGACGCGGCAGCCGGUGGAGGGUCGUGCGCGCGACGGCGGUCUGCGGUUCGGUGAAAUGGAGCGCGACUGCAUGAUUGCGCACGGUGCGGCGGCGUUCUUGAAGGAGCGUCUGUUUGAGGUGUCGGACGCCUACCGAGUCCACAUUUGCGAGAUUUGUGGACUCAUGACGCCGAUUGCAAACCUCACGAAACAAUCGUUCGAGUGCCGGCCGUGCAAGAACAAGACGCGCAUUGCGCAGGUGCAGAUCCCCUACGCGGCCAAGCUGCUGUUCCAGGAGCUGGCGUCGAUGAACAUUGCCGCGCGCAUGUUUACCGACCGGUCGGGCGUGUCGAUUCGUUGA